AUGGAUGUGUACAUCGACAAAAAGGACAAGGUCUGGGUCGUGAACUUGAGUCCUUUCGAUGACUCGAUGAAUCCCGCGUUGUUUUCGAUUGAGGAACUCAAUACUCUCCGAGAAACGCAAGAAAAGAGCGAAGCAGACCGGGAAGAUUCUGCGAAGGAGGAAGCAAACGAUGCUGAGAGAGAGAGAAGAGAGCCCGUUUUGCGAGUCGUGGAAGAGGAAUCGGGUACGCUGCCUUCCGAGCAGAUGUUCUAUCAAGUUCCGAUGGAGAUGUAUUCUCUGUCUUCGACAGAUCAGAUUUCCUCGUUUAUUCAGGAGCUAAAGAAGGAGAAGAAGGACGAAGUUGAGUCGAAGGAAGCAGAGUUAAAAGAAUGA